UUAGGGUGGGCGGGGCGGAGUCGGGUCGCUAGUUGUCCCUGGGUACCCCCCACACGCCAGGGGGCCUGGAGGGCUUAACGGGCCAGUCUCGGAUCCGGCAGUGGGGGUGAAGUCUGGCGCCAAACGGGGGGGCCUUCUGAGGCCCCCGGAACGCAUCUGUGGGUUCCAGGGGGCGUCUGCGGGCCGUCCCCGAACGGACUGGGGGCGUCCAUAGGGCCUGGACCGAGCCUAGGUUCUGGCCUCCAUCACAUAGCUGACCUGGAUCGUGUCAGUAGGCGCUGUGGAUCGUCUUUAUGGGCCGACCGGAGGCUAGGCUCUAUUUAGAUGAUUUUGGGGCCAUCUUGAGAUCUUGAGCCGUGUCCCAGGGGUGAAGGAGGUGUGCAAGAACUGAGGAGUGUCUGCAGAGCCGCCUAGAGUGCCGGGGUAACCAUGGAGGAAGAAGAUGAGUCUCGAGGGAAGACAGAGGAGUCAGGCGAGGACCGGGGCGAUGGUCCAUCUGACAGAGACCCCACGCUUUCUCCUUCUGCCUUUAUCCUGCGGGCCAUUCAGCAGGCAGUGGGAAGCUCCCUGCAGGCGGAUCUGCCGAAUGAUAAAGAUGGCUCUCAGUGUCAUGGCCUUCAGUGGAGGCGCUGCCGGAGCCCACGGUCAGAGCCACGUCCCCAGGAGUUGGGGGGUGCUGACACAGCUACUGUGCUGGACAUGGCCGCCGACAGCUUCCUUGCAGGGCUGGUGAGCGUCCUGGACCCCCCGGAUACCUGGGUUCCCAGCCACCUGGACCUGCGGCCUGGCGAAAGCGAGGACAUACUGGAGCUGGUGGCCGAGGUCCGAAUUGGGGACCGGGAUCCUAUCCCUCUACCUGUGCCCAGCCUGCUGCCCCGUCUCAGGGCCUGGAGGACGGGCAAAACAGUUUCUCCACAGUCUCACUCUUCUCCACCCACCUGUGCCCGCCACCUCCUCACCUUGGGCACAGGAGAUGGGGGCCCUGCCCCACCCCCCGCGCCCUCCGCUCCGGAGCAAAAGUACGACCCCUUUGAGCCUACGGGCUCCAACCCCAGCUCGUCAGCCGGGACACCCUCGCCAGAGGAGGAAGAGGAGGAGGAGGAGGAAGAGGAGGAGGAGGAGGAAGAGGAGGAGGAAGGCCUGUCGCAGAGCAUCAGCCGCAUCUCAGAGACCCUGGCGGGUAUCUAUGAUGACAACAGCCUGAGCCAGGACUUCCCAGGUGAUGAGAGCCCGCGGCCGGAUCCCCCGGACCCCCGAGGACCCUCCCCGGUGCCCGCCGCCUCACCAAAGCGCGAGGUUCUGUACGACUCAGAGGGACUGAGUGGGGAGGAACGCAGGGGCAAGAGCAGCGAGAAGGACCGCCGGCGCUCAGGGGCUGCCUCCUCCUCCUCCUCCUCGCGGGAGAAGGGGUCUCGUAGGAAGGCCCCGGAUGGGGGGGAUCGGGACAGGGACAGGUCAUCCAAGAAGGCCCGGCCUCCCAAGGAGACAGCACCUUCCUCAGGGCCCCCGCCAAAGCCACCCAUCAGCAGUGGCUCAGGCUCCUCGUCCUCCUCAUCCUCCUGUUCCUCUCGGAAGGUGAAGCUGCAAUCCAAGGUGGCCGUGCUCAUCCGAGAGGGUGUCAGCAGCACCACCCCAGCAAAGGACUCCGCCUCUGCCAGCCUGGGCUCUAUCGGGGUCAAAUUUAGCCGUGACCGUGAGAGCCGCUCCCCCUUCCUGAAGCCUGACGAACGGGCUCCUGCAGAGGCGGCCAAAGCUGCCCCAGGCAGCACCAAGCCCAAAAAGACCAAGGUCAAGGCCAAGGUGGGGGCCAAGAAAGCCAAGGGGACCAAGGGAAAGACCAAGCCAUCUAAGACCAGGAAAAAGAUCCGCAGUGGGGGCAGCAGCGGGGCCAGUGGUGGCCCUGUGUCGCUGAAGAAGUCCAAGGCGGAUAGCUGCAGCCAGGCAGCUGGGGCCAAGGGGGCUGAGGAGACUUCCUGGUCUGGGGAGGACCGGGCUGCCAAGGCCCCUAGCACCCCGCCCCCCAAGGCAGCCCCUCCACCCCCAGCACUCACCCCAGACUCGCAGACUGUGGACAGUAGCUGCAAGACACCUGAGGUCUCCUUCCUGCCUGAGGAGGCCGCUGAGGAAGCUGGGAUCCGAGGUGGGGCGGAGGAGGAGGAGGAGGAAGAGGAGGAGGAGGAGGAGGAGGAAGAGCAGCAGCAGCCUGCCACCACCACAGCUACCAGCACAGCACCAGCCGCCCCAAAUGCUGCCCCCAGUGCAGGGUCCACUGCCGGAGACUCGGGAGCAGAGGACGGGCUGGCGACCCGAGUCUCCCAGCUGCCCACGCUGCCCCCACCCAUGCCCUGGAACCUGCCGGCUGGUGUGGACUGCACCACCAGUGGAGUCCUGGCCUUGACUGCACUUCUCUUCAAGAUGGAAGAGGCCAAUUUGGCCAGCAGAGCAAAGGCUCAAGAGCUGAUCCAGGCCACCAACCAGAUCCUCAGCCACCGGAAGCCACCCUCAAGUCUAGGGGUGACCCCAGCUCCUGUGCCCACCUCUCUGGGGCUGCCCCCUGGCCCUUCCAGCUACCUGCUUCCUGGCAGCCUCCCUCUGGGAGGCUGUGGCUCCACCCCGCCAACCCCCACUGGGCUGGCUGCUGCGUCUGACAAGAGAGAAGGCAGCAGUAGCUCUGAGGGACGUGGGGACACUGACAAGUAUCUGAAGAAGCUGCACACGCAGGAGCGGGCAGUGGAGGAGGUGAAACUGGCCAUCAAGCCGUACUAUCAGAAAAAGGACAUCACCAAGGAGGAGUACAAGGACAUCCUGAGGAAGGCCGUCCACAAGAUCUGCCACAGCAAAAGUGGGGAGAUCAACCCCGUGAAGGUGAGCAACCUGGUACGGGCCUACGUCCAGCGCUACCGCUACUUCCGCAAGCACGGCCGCAAACCGGGGGACCCCCCAGGACCUCCCCGGCCACCCAAGGAGCCUGGGCCCCCCGACAAGGGUGGCCCGGGCAGCCCUGCGAGGCCGCAGUGA